AUGGUCGGCGCGUACACCCUCCCAGAGCUCCGCAUUCAGCUCAAGAUCUUCCGAUUGCGGCUCGGGGCGAACGAGCGAGAAGAUGCGGACAAAAUCUUCUACGACGACCUCCCGGACAGUUGGAAUGUGCUAAGACUGGGUGCGCUCGAGGAUACGCUGAAGAUGAUCCUGGACGGGCAUCUGACAUGGGCGGGUAUCCAAGAGCUCUUCGAGCGGGAAGCAAUGACGGGCGAAUGGGUCACGUCCAUCGGGAACCUCGGUCUGAACUACUGGUUGCCGUCCCUCGUAAAUGCGGCCGUGGGUUGGGUGACCCGUGGGCCGACCGAGCAGCGGACCUUCCAGCAGUGGAUCCAAGACCACAACAUUCCGUGGCGGACCGUUGUCGGACGCAAGCCGUCCGAGACGAACUGGAAGAUUAUUCGGAAGCUCUUGCUAUAUCUACAGGCCAUUCAGUACCGCGACCUCGAGCCCGAAGCGGACGGCAAUCCCGCGGACAACGAGCCUGAAGAGACGCGCGGCAUGGACUUUGUCUUCGAGCGGUUGACGGAGAGCUCUAAACAGGUCAUCGAGAUUAGCGACUCGAGCGACGAUGACAACGCGGAAGCCGACAGUGACGAAAGGACCUGGAUUGUCGGGGCCGCGCGCCGCGCGCUGUGCACCGUGAACCACUGA